CCGACAACGUCCUUAAAGCCACUAAACUCACAUCAUGAAAAUAAGUCAGCUGUAUAUAUAUCCCAUCAAGUCCCUUCGGGAGGUGGCGGUUUCUGAGGCUGUCCUUACAAGUAUCGGCUUUAAGUAUGAUCGGCGUUUCAUGCUCCUCAAGGUCAAACAAGGUGAUGAUGGUUCCGAAACUCUCCAGAAUAUGCAUGUACCGCAUUUCCCCGAAAUGAGUUUGUUUUUAACGAACAUCGUAUUCCCGACUGAGGAUAACAACGGAAAGAUUAUUGUCACUUAUCGCCCGCCGCGCGUGGAAGACAACCAUGAUCCUCGGAUCAAAACAUUGGAAGUACCAUUAGAACCAGACGUACGGGGGCUGGAAAAGUCGACUGUCACAAUCCAUCAAAGUCCGACAACAGGAUACCAUAUGGGUAGCAAGUAUAGCAACUGGUUCAGCCAGUGUUUCGGAUACAAAGUGGUACUAGUAUACCUAGGUCCACAUUGGAGGAGGGUAUUAGGGAGUUUUCCGCCAGGAAAAAGUCAGGCGCAUUGUGAAAAAGUAACCCCGCUUAUCCCAACGCGGUCGGUAGCCGUCCUGGCUCUCUUAAGCCUGCUCCUCAACGUUAUCGGUGAACCAAUUGGGCAGAGGGAUAUUGGCUCAUUAAUUCUUCUUAGCCUACUAACUACAGCUGCUGCUACUCUCUUGGCUUUGGGUGUCAAUAGGUACGGGUCCGGAGGCGGUAAAAGGAAGGACGAGAGAAUUACAUUUGCUGACACGGCGCCGUAUCUUGUGAUAUCGGAGAAAUCGGUGGACGACGUUACUGCCCGCUUAGCAGGUGACGAGGAGAUGGAUCUGACCAAAUCCCGGCCAAACAUUGUCAUUUCCGGCGCAGAAACAGCUUUCGAGGAGGAUUUCUGGGCCGAGCUAACAGUGAAGGAUCACGUUCGGCUUCUUUUGACGGCGAAUUGCAUCCGGUGCCAAAGCCUCAACGUUGACUAUACGACAGGGAAAAUGGGAACUGGGGAGAGCGGCACAAUUUUUAAAAAGCUGAUGAAAGACCGAAGGGUGGACAAGGGCGCUAGGUUUUCUCCUGUGUUUGGAAGGUACUCGUUCUUAGACCAAAGCAGUGAGAAUGCCUCAAUACGAGUGGGAGAUGAGGUAGUCGUGUCCAGAAGGGUGGAGGAACGGACAACAUAUGAUUGGCCUGGCCUGACAAAUUAGUUUACAUAUUUUCAUGCAAUCGCUCUAGCAACAAAUAUCGCCACAUAAAACCUAGAUACAAAGUGUCCAUCAGCAGUUUGGUAUGAUAUAUAACUUGAGGUUGUGUACAUUAAGUAGUAAUCAGGUCCAGUGACAUGCCAAGACAUGCCAAG